GAAUGGGAGGACGGUGAGCACACGACGUACAAGUGUAUCCAGGAGGCCGAGGUACCGUACACUGCAACGUGCCUGUACGGUGGCUAUGUAGGCGAGCAGAAGACGAAGGCUUGCGGCGAUCUGAAGCACGGGCGUCCCGUCCGGAGACAUUAUCGCAUCGUACUCAAGGAGCUUGGUCGACCAUUGGAUAGCUAUUCCAGUUCAGGUGAACUGAUUAUGGCGGGCUUUUGCGUGCUGAGAGCACACUGCGAGGCGUGGGAGAAGUGCGGCUUGCUACAACGGGACAUGAGUCCUUACAAUAUGGUCUUCGAUGAGGUUGAUCCCCGAGACCUUCCUAAGGAUGAACCCCGACGCAUCGAAGCUCUUCUGAUUGACUGGCAUCUUGCCAAGUCCAAAGACGAGCUUAAAAGUGGUGCGAAGCGAGGAACAUGGCAAUUUAUCUCCGCACGACUGCUCCGAAAUUCGACUGCGCAGAACGAGGUUUCGGAUGAUCUCGAGUCUGUCAUUCUCAUCAUAGAAUGGAUGUCAUUGAGGUUCCAUGACCAUCAGUGCGAGGUGGAUCGUGUAGGCUGGCUGAAAGAACAUGUCCUGAAGUUCUUUGAAUUUCGCGACUACGAUUUCGGCAAUCACCAUGUCGGCGGCGGAGAGAAAUACAAACAGUGGAUGUCCGCACACAACCACUACCUGGCACUCAAGGCUCGUGCACCUCAACCAGCUCCACCAGCCAAACCAACCUUCCAGCCAGAUUUCACUGCGGCGCUACCCAAAGAUCCCCGACCAAAUUCUAAGGCUAAGAGCCUUCCUGAGCCAGGUCCAUCUGCCACUGUGAAGACAACUGACGUGGGCAGCUUGUGUCUCGCCACGCAUGACGAGAUUCUCGCAACAUUUUGGGAAGCGAUGGACAGCCUAUCUCAAGGAUUUGUCCGUGACAAAGUCAGCGACAAGUUCGAAAGCAUUGGAAUGGCUACAGAGAGGCUCUCUCUGGUGGAGAAUGCGAAGCAAUCGAAACAGUCGAAGCAGUCGAAGAAGAAAACAACGAGCGAACAGCAGGAGAAAGGACUGUUGAGGAGGAGCGUUCGUCUUUCGGCGCAGGCGAGCGCUGCAGGAGAUCAGGCAGAGGGUUCGAGCAAGCCGGUGAAGCGCCGGUCAGACCAGAUGGAAGGGCUGGAGGGGAAGGACGGAGCGAAGCGACAGGCGACUGGAGUAACACGGAGAGGCUCGCAGCUCCACAACUCCGUAGCCUAG